AUUAAAAUGGCAGCUGCAGGGAGUGGAAUAUCACCUUAUCUCUUUGUAGCUGCCAUAGAUUUUGGCACUACAUAUUCUGGAUAUGCAUUCUCUUCCAAAGAUGACUUUCAAAAAGAGCCACUGAAGAUAUCUGCCAAUGUAUGGAAUGCUGGCGGACGAAACUUGAUGUCACACAAAGCUCCAACAUCACUACUUCUCAACCCAGAUAAAUCAUUCAAUUCCUUUGGCUAUGAAGCUGAGAACAACUUUGCACAGCUAUCAGAGGAUGGUGAACAUCACGAUUACUACUUUUUUCAUCAUUUCAAAAUGGUUCUCCAUAAUAACAAGACCCUGAAUCGGAACACAACGGUUGAAGUGUUUGGAAGCAAAAAGACAUUAACAGCUUUAGAAGUGUUCUCCCUUUCUAUCCGUUAUCUAAAAGACGAUUUGAUGAAGACCAUAGAAAAAAUGUUUGGAGAAAUCCAGAAUAACGACAUUAGAUUUGUACUUACUGUCCCAGCGAUAUGGGAUGACAAGGCAAAACAGUUCAUGCGAGAAGCAGCCAAGAAAGGGGGCAUCAGAGAGGCACAGUUAUCGAUAGCUUUGGAACCAGAAGCAGCCUCCAUCUACUGUCAGAACCUGCCUGUAGAGAGAUCUGGAGCUGGAAAUGAAAGUUUUCUCAAAGUGGCCAAAUCUGGGACAAAAUACAUGGUGUUGGACCUGGGAGGUAAUUACUCUGUUGCUAAAGCUAAUCUGGCCCGACAUAUUAGCAAAAUUGUUAUUGAGAGGUUGUGACUUAUU